AUGGAUGACCUUUCGAGUGCAUUAGAACAGCCAAGAGUCAAUGAUUACGAUUAUUUUCCCAAGAAUAAUGUUUUUUGUCAUAAGUCGGCUACUAUUCAUCACAGUGCUAAUAUUCUAUCUUCAAUUGUUGGUCCAAAUACACACAUUGGUCGCUCAUGUACUGUUAAAAGUAGUUCAAUUUCGUCGAAUGUGAUUAUCAACUCGAAUGUGACCAUUUCAAACUCGAUCAUAUACUCGGAUUGCAUAAUUGAAGAUCGAUCUAUAUGUCUCACCUCAAUUUUAGCAAAAUUUUCGCGUCUUUGUUCAAAAUCUUUUAUUUCGUCAGGAGUUUUGAUUGGUCCUGGUGUUAAACUUGAGGGAAAUUCAGUCUUAACCUCUUCGCGACUCAUUUGCACAGGAAAUGUGGAAGCACGUUUCUCAGACUCUGCAUAUUUUUACCGCCAUUAUAGAAAUGAAGGGAAUUGUACUUCUAAAUGGGGAGUUUCUCGGGCUAUUGUGGACAAUUCUGAUGAUCUGGAAAGUUUUAGCCCUGAAAAUGACGAAAACUUUAUUUCCGAGGCUCAUGAGACGAUUAGUCGCUAUUUAGGCAGUAAGGCGUCAGGAGUUGAUAACCUUAUCAUUGAAUUGAAUUCUCUGAAGCUGAUUUGCAAUCUUUCAAUUUCUCAGCUGCAAGAAUGCGUUAUUGUUUUAUUCCUUAAAUUUGUGAACCAGGAUGAAAAAUUAUUUUUUUCGGACUUAUCUCAAUUAUUCGAACAAAUGGCCCCAGUAUUGAAAUUUUAUUUGAAAACAAUAGAAGCACAGAUUGAUUCUUUAUUUGGAGUCGAAGUUAGUUAUAGUGUUUUUAUUCAAGAAAUAUUUGGCUUGUGCGUCUUAUCUUCAGACUGA